AUGAACGGAACAGAGGUUCGACAGCGGAAGCCGGCGGCCGACACGAAAGAACAAACCCAGGCUUCUAGAGAUGUUGAUCCACGCCUCAAGCAUGGGAUACCCAUGCAAGUGCUGCGUUCUUUGCUUCUCGCAACCUGGUUCAAUUGCUGCUGCGUUGCUAUUCUGUUAACGCAGUUAAUCGGCUCACCUCUCUACUUCAUCAAGAAACGAUAUUAUUACUCCUGGAUGGCAUCCACCAAAAGAUCUUUCGGGCUGGUAAUUACAGCCCUUACCGAAUGGGGCUGCCCGACUUAUGUUCGGGUCAGCGGCGACGAGAGUAUACGCGGGCACAUCCACAUUGCAAGCGAUGGGCGUCUAAAGACAACUUUUCCCGAGCGACUCGUCAUGAUUGCCAACCACCAGGUGUACACCGAUUGGAUUUACCUUUGGUGGAUUGCUUACGCGAACAUGAUGCAUGGCCGCAUUUUCAUCAUUCUUAAGGAGUCCCUGAAAUACAUACCCGUCAUAGGUCAAGGCAUGACGUUCUAUGGCUUCAUAUUCAUGGCUCGAAAAUGGCUGUCCGAUAAACCACGGCUACAGCACCGCUUGGCGAAGCUAAAAACCCAACAUAGGGGUUCUGAUUCGGGCUCGCCGAAGUAUGAUCCAAUGUGGCUUUUGAUAUUCCCGGAAGGAACGAACCUCUCCCUGAACACUAAACGACGAAGCGAUGCUUAUGGCGCUAAAAACUCGUUUCCACCCCUCCAACAUCAAGUUCUUCCCCGCUCGACUGGCUUGUUUUUCUGCUUACAGCAGUUGAGAGGAACCGUUGACUGGGUAUAUGACUGCACUAUUGGCUAUGAAGGCCCUCCAAGAGGCAGUUACGCUGACAAAUAUUUCACCCUUCGGUCAACGUAUGUACAAGGACGCCCACCGACUUCCGUCAACAUGUACUGGAGGCGUUUUGCAUUUGCAGAUAUACCUCUGGAUGACCAACAGGAGUUUGAUGCCUGGCUUAGAGCCCGAUGGGCGGAGAAGGAUGCGUUACUCGAGCAAUACUUUGAGACCGGGCGAUUCCCAUCCGCUCUAGCUGGCAGUAUCGAGGUUGGCAAUGGAGAUGCAACCCAGUCGGAUGCAGCCAAAUGCGGGUAUGUCGAGGCCCAUGUCCGCUUAGGGCAUUGGACUGAAGUUGGUCGGAUAUUUAGGGUGGUAUUCGGUCUCGCUUUCCUCUGUCGGGUUCCUAAACUUACAGGGCUCUUGAACACAUGCGCUUAG